UAGGCCCAGCCUGGUCCAGCUCCCUCUCCCUCUCCUCCGCCCUGAAGCAAAGACCCAGGCCUGCUGAGCCCACUCUGCUCCUGCCACUUUGGCCAUCCUCAGCCACCACCACCUCAGUUCCCCUCAGGCUGGGAGACCCAGGACCCAGGCACCAGAACACAUGAGACGGCUCCUCUCUGAGACACAUGGAGACGCAGUACAAGACAAUCUUCCUCCAGAAUGGGCUGGCGAUGCUCAGUGAUUACCAGUUCCGAGCAGUCAAGUGCUUACUGGCCAGUCCUCUAAGACUGACACCCCACAUGCAGGAGGAUUAUGACAGAAUUCAGAUUACAACCCAGAUGUUUGCCCGGUUCCUGGGUGCUACAUGUGUGAUGCAGCUCAUCGAGGCUAUUAAAGGCGACAGAGAACUGGAGGGUCUUGUCAAGUCCUUGAAGCGGCAGUUGGGGGAAGUGAGAAAGAGAUUCGCAGAGAGAGCAGCAGCAGCACCAAAGAGAAAGAAGCAGGUGCCCAGGGUGGGCCCCUCAGCAUCUGAGUGCAGCUCAAGUGGCCCAGGAGAAGCCCAAAGAGCAGCAGAGCCUCCGAGGGCCCAGGAAGAGAAUACAUGGGCUCAAGAACAAAGCGAGCCCCACAGAAGCACAGCAUAUGGUGCCCCCAAGGACCCCCCUGCUGCAGCUGGAGCACAGCCGUGCGCCCCCAGGAACCCCCCGUCACCAACCUCUGCCCCGGAUCCAUCCUCGGUAGCCUCAGCCCAGGCCAAGAGAAGGCGGCGUUCCCAGAGCUCAGCUCUUCCAGAAACAUCUGCAGCCAACCUGCCUCCCACGCCUGUUCAGAACCCUCAGAAGCCCCUGUCCAUCUGCGGCCAGACUGAGGGUCCGCGUUCAGCUCCUCAGGCAGCCAGGACUCCCCUGGAGGCAGCCUUGCUCCAUCUCCCUCCUCCAGCUCCUGCAGCUGCCACUAGCAGCCCCUCCACCCAGUCACCACCUGUGACCCACCACUCACCAGCCCAGAGCUCAGCCUCCACCCGGCAAACAGGUUCUGGUGCCCCAUCAUCAUCCCAGAGGUCAUCUUCUGCCCAGGUACCACGUACAGGCCCCCACUCGUCAGUCCAGAGCUCAUCCACUCCCCAGAAACCACAUUCUGUUCCCCCCUCAUCAUCCAAGAGGUCGAGCUCCACCCAGUCCCCCCUCAUCAGCUGGGAGCACAAUCUUUAUCCCACUACCAAAUCCUGGUCCCCCCUCAUCAACUGGGAGCACAAACUUAAUCCAGCUACCACAUCCUGGUACUCCUUCAUCAGUCGGGAGCACGACCUCGGCCAAAGUACCACGUCCAGGUCCCCCAUCAUCAGCCGGAAGUGCAACUUCGGCCCAGUUACUGCGUCCGGGGUCCCCAUCAUCAGCCAGGAGAAUGACCUCUGCCCAAGUACCAUGUCCUGGUCCCGCCUCAUCAGCCAGAAGCAAGACCUCGGCUCAGGUACCACGUCCUGGUCCCUCCUCAUCCACCGGAAGCACGACCUCUGCCCAGGUACCACGUCCUGGUUCAUUCUCGUCAACUGGGAUAUUGACCUCUGCCCAGGUACCAUGUCCUGGUCCCACCUUGACAGCCAUAAGCAUGACUCCAGCCCAGGUACUGCAUCCGGGUCCCCCAUCAUCACCCAGAAAAAUGACCGCUGCCCAAGUACCAUGUCCUGGUCCCACCUCAUCAGCCGGAAGCAAGACCUCGGCUCAGGUACCACGUCCUGGUCCGUCCUCGUCAACUGGGAGAUCGACCUCUGCCCAGAGGAGGGCCAACAGGAUCAGCGCAAGGAGAUGCAGGUGCUGGACGUGACCGAGCCCUUCAGGUACCACGAGGACCGCACUAUGUUCCAUGCCAUCGUAGCCAUAAAGAACCAGACACAGAAUCAGAUCGUCCGUGUGAAGGUCUUCCAUGAGAGCUUCAAGACAAACUUUCUCCCCUUGAACAUUCUGGUCCUCUCAAACUACAUCGGCCACGGGGGUUUUGUGGAAGUGUACAAAUGCACCUCGGUGGAGAAAGUGGGGUACGAAGAUGUCCCUGUGUGGCUGAUCAACAUGGUCACAGAGAAUCCAAAAAUCAGUCACCUGCGCCAGGAAGCCCCAAACACCAUUGUGAACGGGGUGUUCCUGGUGUCAAAGAAAGUUGUGCGGCACCCAUGUGUCUAUUACGAGGUCCAGGAUGAGACAGGCACCAUGCAGGUGGUGGUGUACGGACAUCUGACCGGCAUCCCCUGUGAGAGAGGCAACAGAAUCCAACUCAUCUGCUUUGAGCGAGGAGAAGAGCAGCACCAGUUAAGAUCUUCGAUCCACAGCUUUCUCAAGCCACCGCCACCUCAGUUCCCCUCAGGCUGGGAGACCCGGGCCCCAGGCACCAGAACACAGGAGAGGAUGCAUCAGUUCCCCUCGGGCUGGGAGACCCAAGAACCAAGCAACAGAGUGCUCUCUCUGAGACACAUGGAGAUGCAGUACAAGAAAAUUUUCCUGAAGAAAGGGCUGGAGAAGCUCAGUGAUUACCAGUUCCAAGCAGUCAAGUGCUUACUGGCCAUACCUCUAAGACUGACACCGGAAAUGCAGGAGGAUUAUGACCGAAUCCAGAUUACAAACCGGAUCUUUGACCAGUUCUCGGGAGCUGAAUGUGUGAACCAGCUCAUCAAGGCUAUUAAAGGUGACAGAGAACUGGAAGAUCUUGCCAAGUCCUUGAAGCAGCAGUUGCGGAAAGUCCGAAGAAGGACCUCUGCCCAGGUACCACGUCCUGGUCCCUCCUCAUCGGCUGGGAGCACGACCUCGGCCCAGGUACCACGUCCUGGUUCCCCCUCGUCAGCCAGGAGCGCAACUUCUGCUCAGGAUGCAAGACCCCAGGCACCCCCCAAGGCAAAACCCUGCAACCACAUCCUCCAGGAGACCCCAAUACUGGCGAAGGUCCUGCAAGUAUCCAAGCUGUUUGUGAUCAAAGCCCGGAGUGGCGAGGAGAGGCGCCUGUUCCACAGCACCGUGGCCACAACAACCAAGUUCUUCCCUGUGAAGGUCUACAACCCCCAGCUAAAGGACAGAUUUGCCUGCAAGAAGGUCCUGUGCAUAUCCCACUACAUCAGGGCCAAGGGCUUCCUGGAGGUGACAGGAGAGUCUUCAGUCACUGAAGUAAAGCAAGAAGUCAGGGUCCCAGGGACUGUUCUGGAAAAAGCCAAGAAAAGCCCCCAGAUCCGCACCCUGCACACGCUGGCGUCGGGGACAGUGCUGAGUGGCCUCUUCACGCUAAGCAAGAUAUCAAAUGAGAAGACCAAGACAGUGUAUGAAAUCGAAGACAAGACAGGGACCAUGGACGUGAUGUGCAGAGGGCGGUACCGCAACCUGCCCUGCCACGAGGGAGAUAAGCUCAGGCUCUUCGGCGUUCGACUGAAAAUCCACAACCAGAAGAGAGCGCUGUACUCGGAGGAGGACAGUUUUAUCCAGGUCAUGAAAAGGCGUCGUUCCCGGAGCUCAGCUUUUCCAGAAACAUCUGCAGCCAACCUGACCCCCACGCCUGUUCAGACUCCUCAGGAGUCCCUGUCCAGCAGCGGCCAGACUGAGGGUCCGUGUCCAGCUCCUCAGGCAGCCUCGCUCCAUCCCCUUUCUUCAUCUCCUGCCAUCAGCAGCCCCUCCACCCAACUAUCACCCACUACUCACCAUUCACCAGCCCAGAGCUCAGCCUCCGCCCGGAGACCAUGUCCAGGUCCCCACUCAUCAGACCAGAGCUCAUCCUCCACCCAGUCUGCAUCCAGGUUGGUGGACACUUUCCCCGAGGAGGGUCAACAGUAUCAGUGUAAGGAGAUGGUGGUGCUGGACGUGACCGAGUCCUUCAGGUACCGUGAGGACCGCACUAUGUUCCAUGCCAUCGUGGCCAUAAAGAACCAGGCACAGAAUCUGAUCGUCCGUGUGAAGAUCUUCCACGAGGGCUUCAAGACAAAGUUUGUCCUUGGGAACAUUCUGGUCCUCUCACACUACUUCGGACGCUGGGGGUUCGUGGAAGUGUACAAAUACACCUCGGUGGAGAAGGUGGGGUACGAAGAGGUCCCUGAGUGGCUGAUCAACAUGGUCACUGAGACUCCAAAAAUCAGUCACCUGCGCCAGGAAGCCCCAAACACCGUUGUGAACGGGGUGUUCCUGGUGUCAAAGAAAGUUGUGCGGUACCCAUGUGUCUAUUACGAGGUCCAGGAUGAGACAGGCACCAUGCAGGUGGUGGUAUACGGACAUCUGACCGCCAUCCCCUGUGAGAGAGGCAAUAGAAUCCAACUCAUCUGCUUUGAGCGAGGAGAAGACCAGGACGAGAUAAGAUCUCUGAUGCACAGUUUUCUCAAGGUGGUCUAGGACAGGAGCAGCACAGACACCGCAAGCCCACGCGCUCUGCUGACCGUGAUGCUGACCACCCCGUGGACACUGACCACAGCAGAUCCUCAUGCUGAACACAAUGCUGACAUGAAGCUGACCAUGGUCCUGACCUGAUGCUACAGUAACACCGACCACAGCACUGGCUGAGAUUCUGAGAGUGACACUGGCCGCGAUGCAGAGGGACCACAGCACAAGUGCUGACUGUGGCACUGACCACAACACUGGUCGUGAUUCCAGGCCCAGGGACCACAGCACAGGAGUCAACCAUCAGCUUGGAGCUCAGCACUUCUCA